UUCACAAAAAUUUGUUCAUGUAAGUGGACGGACGAACAGCAAAAGUGUUUCCCGAUUUGUAGUCAAAUUCGAGUUUAUAUUUUUGUAAAAUUGAAAGAGACAAGUUUUAAAAAAUCGAAACAUUUGAACAACCAGUGAAUAAAUAACCCCAAACGUAUACUAAAUUACAUAAAAAAAAAUCCGUAGAAUGGCAAACUCCAAACCGCUUUCCGUAAAACUAAAACUUCCAAAUCGUGUCCAACCCGAGUAUAUACCGCAUUUCGGAAAGGCGGGUUGUUAUACCAAUAAGUUGCAUUACUUCAAGAAGCAUUUUCUCGACGAGGCUCGCAAGAAGAAGUAUGCGUUGGACUUCUUGGAGCCCGUGGACACUGAUGCUUUGAAGGUGCCCACAUACUACACGGUUAUCAAUCACCCCAUGGAUAUCGGUACCAUACUGAAAAGAGUGCAGAACAACUACUAUAAAUCUGUCAAUGAUGCGAUUGCCGAUUUCAAGCUAAUUAUUAGCAAUUGCUUUCUAUUCAAUCGACCGGGCGAUGUCGUUCACCGCAAGGGCCAGAUGCUGGAGAAGUUCUUUCAAAAGAAACUCCGAGGUUUGCCGUCUGGUCCAGAGGUGCCCUGCAACAGGGAUCCCAGUGCGGUGGGCAGGCCUAGAACCAAUGCUCCUAGUGCCGCGCAGACGGAACUCAAGUGCCGGGAGAUAUUGAAGAAGUUGCAGAGCUAUACCAAUCAGACGGAUGCCAUGACGCGCAAUUUCUUCAAUAACAAGUGGGAUUCGUUGCAAAAGAGAGUGGAUCGGCAGUACUUCAACUCCGUCCAUGAUUUUUGCUUUCAUGUGGACACCUGCUUUAGAAAGUACCUCGAACCGGCUAAAAUCCUCUACGAAGGAGUCUUUAAUAAGCCGGCGGUGUGGUGUACUUCCAUGAAUGGAAUGCUCGGCUCUUCGCUGGAUUCUGCUUUGAAUGCUGCAGAUCUAAAUGAACUACUGGCUGCCGCCAAGUUAGCCGAAAAUCGCUUGAUGCAGUGCGUCCAAGAGCAUGGUUCCGGGGAACCUCUGAGGGCCAAGAAUUUGGUGGAGACUUUCUGUGACACCUUAAAAAAGAUGAUAAACAAAAUGGAGGCAGGUCAACGUAAUUCUUCAAAGCCAUCAUAUAGCAAACGACAGAAAUUGAUCCCCAAACCGGAAACGGAUUUGGUCCAAGGCGAAUUUAAGCCAGCUAUAGAGUUGUUGAACGGGAAUGAAAUAGACAACCUCAUGGCAGUUAGCAUUGAAUCCUCAGAUGAUGAAGCCAUCGAUACCUCAACGCCUGUCACUGACGCGGAGCGCUGUGCCACACAGAAAUUAUUUGCCAAACUUCCGACAAACGCCAUGAAGGAGAUAAUUCACAUGGUCCAACAAAUCGAAGGAUUUUCCUCGGAGAACUGCGGAGAUCUGAGCUUCGAUGUCAAGGCUUUCGCCACAGAAACUAUGGUCCUGAUGAAAAGUGCCGUCACCAAGGCGUCGAGGGCCCAUAGCAAGCUCAAGCUCAAGGACAUGCAGCCUUCAGAAAAGGAAGGACUACAGCGCGCUCUACAGUCCCAGCUGGUGAACAUUACACGGAUGCUCAACAAAAACCGACGCCGAUGUGGUCCCUUGAUCAAUUGCAGGAAUAAAACCAUCAAUUCCAACAACGUGGUGCGCAAGAGAGCAAUUGCUCCGCUAUCUGCCAAAUUGAAGCCGCCACAGGCCAAUGUAAUGGCUCCACAAUUGGGAGCGGGUGUUGUUGAGAGUCACAAUCUGAGCGAUACCAGCGAUGAGGAUGUCCCACCUCCGAUGAAACCGCAGCCUGCUGGUGGCACUCCAAUGGGGACUAUUCCAAGGAAUAAUAAUCCUCCGCAGCAACCCGUUAUAUCCCCCAAUUUGCCCUUCGUCGUCGAACUCAGCAGCAGCAGCAGCAGCGAGUCGGAAAUGGAAACCAAGUCCGGCAGAGCUUCUAGGUCCAGGUCCAGGUCCAGGUCCAGCUCUAGCUCCAGCUCUCGCUCUAGAUCUAGUUCUAGAUCUAGCUCUAGCUCCGGCUCCAGCUCCAGCGCUGGCUCCGGCUCAAGGCCGGGCUCCCGAUCCAGUUCACCUUCGAGCAACGGCUCCGAUUCCGACGAUUCCUCCGACGUUGAAGAGGUACCCCUUGUACCCGGAGGACAGAUGAGAACAGCCUAAUCCUCAUAAGACUUCUACGUUUGCAUUUUAUAAUUACCAUAAUAACCAUAUUUGUAAAAAAGGGGGUUUGGGUACAAAUAUACCAAAAAUAAGAUAAUAAAACUGUACACACCCAUAUUA